AUCAGACUCCAAACUGCCCCCGUCACUCCGAGAGAAGAAAAACUCCUCCGCGCCUCGGCUCCAGUUGGGCUCUGGAUUUAAAAACAGUUCGGUGAAGAAAACUUAAAGUUGUCCACCGGCAGGGAUGAUUAAGUGAUCUGGACCUGUGUUCCAAUCGGAGACGAAGUUUAAACCCGUAAAUUGGAUUUUUAAAGCUGGUCAGUGGAGGCUGUAGAUCAUGGAGCGACUGGGUGCGCGUUUCUGCCCGCGCGCUUUUCUGCGGGACUGAUCUCAAGACGCGGGACUUACAGCCGGGCUUGAGGGGUUCUACAGGGGGUAGACGGGAUUUACAGGAUGGCUGGAGUUAGUCUGGUUCUUCUGAUGGUGUGUGUGUGCGUGUGUGGAGCUUCGUGGGGCGGACAGCAGCGCUACAGCCUGUACGCAGGGAGCAGAGAGAACGGACACACUGGGGAGGGAGCGCGAGCCGCCAGCAGGCACAGGAACUGGUGUGCGUAUGUGGUGACGAAGACAGUGAGCUGUGUGGUGGAGGACGGCGUGGAGACGUACGUGAAGCCUGAUUAUCAGCCAUGUUCCUGGGGAGUUCAGUGUCCUCGCGUCCUAAUGUACCGGACGUACCUGAGGCCGAGGUAUAAGGUAGCAUACAAAAUGGUCUCAGAGAUGGAGUGGAAGUGUUGCCAUGGAUACAGUGGAGAGGACUGUAACACACAUACCGGCGGCGUGAGUGGAGGAUCUGUCACAGCGAGACCAUGGCCAAAACCCUCAAACCCAGGACACACCGGACAUGGACAGAACGGAGGCAGUGGGAGAGGCGACAGCGACAAGAUGAAGCAGAUGGAGGACAAAAUCCAACGUCUGACUAAAGACCUUCAUGAUCUGCAGUCAACGUUACGCUCCAUGAACGAACAGUUUCAGGAGGAGAUGAAGAAGCCCGGCUCCAGUGAUGGGGGUGGAAAAACGCCAGCGGAUGCAGCUCAGCCUGAAAUGAAGGAAACCAUUCACAACAUCCAGACCAAACUGGACCAGCUGGACAACCGGACUCAGGCUCACGACAAAACUCUGGACAGCAUCAACAAUCACCUCGUUAACGGAAGAGGUGGGAACGACCUGGACAGCCACAAUGGAGGCAGAUUAAACAUUCUGAAGGAGGAAAUCCUGCGUGAGUUGGAGCGACGGGUCUCUCUAUCCUGCACUGCUUGCCAAGCCGGUGUGGAUGACAUGCGGAGAGAGCAGCAGAGGGACAGAGAGAGGAUCUCAGCUUUGGAAAAGAAGAUCAACGACCUGGAACAGCGGAACCGCCUGGUUCUGGAAGGACUGCGUCGGGAUCUGAGUCGAUCUCAAGCCUGCUGUGAUAAGACGAGAGAUCUGGAGACGAAUCUCAGAGAUGUGGAUAAGAAGAUCACCUCAACAUCUGAGAUUUGCACCAGCCUCGAGGAACGUCUGGAGAAAGUGCUUCAGGAAACAGGAGGUGGUGGCAAUUUGGGAGGAACGGGAGGAAGUGGAGGAGGAAGACUGGAGGAUACGCUGAACGGUUACCUGGAAGACUUGGAAAGACGGAUUAAUGGCACCGUGCAGAGGACGGAAGAUAACUGUGUUUACAUAGAGAACAAUUUGAAGGAUUUGAUCAUAGACCUACGCAAGGAGCAAGACCACAAAAGCACAAAUUUAGAGUUGGACAUUAAGAUGGUGAAAGAAACCCUGUUUGAUCUGGACAAGCGCUUGUCUCGGCUGCAGAACACCACGUCUCACAUGGACCAGAGAAUAAAUGAAUGUUCUUCAUGCUCCAGUUCUCGAAGACCCCCAGGAGGAAGUGGAAUCAGACCCACUGAAGAUACAGAUACAGUCAAGUCCCUGGAAUGGAGGGUUGUUGCGAACGAGGAUGAGAUCAAGAGAUUUGACACCAGGCUGAAAGAUCUCUCUGUGUCUGGAGACUCUCUGCUGGAUAAAGUCAGUGAUCUUAGCCAUGACUUACGCAAGAUCAAAGAAGUGACCGGUGACAACGGUGAACAUUUCACUCACAUAAUCACCAAAAUUGAGAAAUGCCAAUCGGACCUGUGUAGGACGGUGCAAGAUGACCUGAGGAAGCUUAAGAACUUUACAAACCAUGCCAUGGACAAGUGGCACACGGAUAUGAAUUACAUAAAGAACAGGGUGGAGUCGGGCUGCUCGGGCGGCUGCAGCAUCCUGCAGGAGGAGGUGAAUAAACUUAAAGAGGAUGUGCAGAAGUGCAAGAUCUGCCUGGAGACGCCGACAGGAACAGAACCCGGAGACCUGGAUGGCCCUCAGAAACCCCUCGACGGUCACAGUGUGAUCAGCAGCAACAAUGGCAACCUGGGUUCAAUCCAGAGCGAGUUGUCAGGAGUCAUUUUAACCUUCAGCUCCAUCAAUGACACGCUGAAGGGUCUGGAGCACAGUGUCCGGAAACACGACAGCGUCAUCACCGAUCUGGGAAACACCAAGGACAAGAUCAUCUCUGAGCUCGAUAAGAUCCAACAGGAAGUGACAGAGCACAUUGAGGACAGUAAAAUGCGCUUCGACAACAUCGACCGUGACAUCAAGCGUUUCGGAAACAGUUUUGUGGAGAGAACAGGCAAUGGCCUCGACAAGAGGAUCACCAAACUGGAGGGCGUCUGCAGUCGACUCGAUUCUGUAUCUGAGAACUUGCAGAAAAUCAAAGAUGGACUUAACAAGCAUGUGACCGGCCUGUGGAGCUGUGUGAAUGGCCUGAACACUACUGUGAUCCACCACAGCAGCUUCAUCGACACCAUGGAGAGCACGCAUCUCGACACCAUCCACAGCAAGAUCAAACAGCUCAACUCCUCCAUGCUGCAUCUCCACACGGAGUUCAGGAGCCUGAUGGAGCAAGACUUCACAGGGCUGCCUGGACCCCCAGGGCCUCAGGGAGAGACAGGUGACAGAGGACUUCCUGGACCACAAGGACCACAAGGACCCCCUGGUAAACCAGGUGUGGAAGGACCAAGAGGACCACCAGGUCUCAGCGGAGAACGAGGUCUCCCCGGCGCCGAUGCUAAUGUUCCUCAGGUCUCGUUCUCGGCUGCUCUCACCAAACCCAUGAUGUCCUCUGGAACCAUAGUGUUUGAUAAAAUCUUUGUGAAUAAAGGAGACUUUUACAAUCCACGGACAGGAAUCUUCACGGCUCCUCGGGACGGUCAUUACUUCUUCAGCGCCGUUCUGACGGGCCACAAGAACGAGAAGAUCGAAGCGGUUCUGUCCAAGUCCAACUACGGCAUGGCGCGCGUUGACUCAGCUGGGUAUCAGCCCGAGGGUCUGGAGAACAAGCCGAUGGCGGAGACGAAGCCGGUGCCCGGAUCUCUGGCCGUCUUCAACAUCAUCCUCCCGCUGCAGAUGCUCGACACGGUGUGUGUGGACCUGGUGAUGGGGAAACUGGCGCACUCGGUGGAACCUCUCACCAUGUUCAGCGGCACUCUGCUCUACGAGGAUUACUCAUAACCCCGAGGUUCACCGACGACUGGGCCGACCUCCAGAGUCGCACCGUGGACUCGCUGUCACGCUGUGAUUCUGCCUUCAUGUGAACUCCUGAAUUCAGAAGAGGAUUUAAAGCAAUUUGUUAUAUUUACUCUUUCGGUUUGACCUUUUGGAGACAUGUUUUUACAGAAACUACUGUUUUUUAUUAUUGUUAUUGUUAUUAUUGAUAUGAAAAUGAUUUCAGAUUUUAUAUAAAUCACAGUGUUAUGAAUCGAUUAUCACCAAAGUUUCACUGCCACUGUAAAGUAGGCUAAGACUCUGGCUCCAGGGCAUGAUCACUAAUAAUAUCUCAUCAACAUAAUUAAUAAUUAGCAUUAGGUGUAUGAUAUCAUUAUAUUCUAUCUUCAUUGUCAUCGAUCAGCUUUUUGAGCAGGGACAAACGUCUGAGCAGUGCCUCAUUUGGGAUUCACUAGAAAAAAAAAUCUUAUUUUGCUAGCUAGCAUGAAGACAUUUAAUCAUUUAUACACUUUAUAAAGACACAGUGAGAGAGAAAAUGAGAGAGAAGUAUGCGGAACAUCAACAUUUACCUCAGAUCUGUUUAAAAAUUACUAAAAAAUACACUUAAUAGGACUAAAAUGGUCCUGUAAUCACAGUUAGCAUUGACCGCUAAUUCAACUUCUGUGUUUUCCACCACAUUGAGAAAAUCAGCCCUCAGAAAGUUUUGAUUUUUGAACAAAACAUAAAAUGUGGAACAAACUAUGCAGCAAUAAAGCACAGGAUUAGCACUUGUAGCAAAGAACAAGUUAACUAGCACAGCUAAUACUAGCUAGCGAGCCCCACAUGUUAGCUAGCUGCAUGUAACCAUGAAAACUGCUUUUGUUGGUCUACAAACACAAAUCUGACUGUUACUCAGAACAGGAGAGAAAUUAUUCACUGAGAGUUAGCAGUUAGUGCACAUGUUAGCAUAUGCUCCUCAGUCGGAGAGACGGUUCUGUCAGCCAUGUUUUAACCUCAGUGUGGUGAACAGAAUCAUGGGAAAAAACAAAAUGUCUGAAAUGAGAACAUUUAGAAGAAUGUUGUGUUUUUAUGCUACAAUAGAAACAAUGUACAGUUUAAAUAUAUAGCGUAUAACUGAUUAGCGACACAUGGCUAGUGCUCACCUGAGACGCGCGCGUGUGUGUGAAUGAAUGCAUGUGUGUGUUUGUGUGUGUGUUUGGAGAGUAGACUCUGUGGUAUUUCCUAGUGACUGUGUUCUGAGUGUCAGUACUGAGGGUCAAUUCAGUGUCAGUACUGAAUCCUGUGCAUCUUCUGGACAUUUUGCUGAGCCUUAGUGGAACCUGCUACGUCUCUUACACCAUUUUGUAAAGAAAUUGCUGUAUGUUGGUAACCAUGGAAACCAUCACCAUGAAUAAACAGGAAAGAAAAAAGAAAACUCACAAUAUAAAACAAUCUAACAUGCAAUACAUCACCACCACAACCACAACCACAACCAGGACUUUAAAAGUUAAUACAGGAUAUUAGCAUUAGCACUGAGAGAACAUUCUCUUAACUUUUAAUGAGGAAAGUUACAAACAAAUCAAAUAAAAUAAACUAGAAAUAAUAUAAUCAAACAGAAAUAAUUAAUGCCACAACAAGCUGCCUAUAAAGAGGAUUAGCAUUAGCAUUGUUAGCAUGACCUGGUUUGAUAAUGAGACAUGAUAAUGAGUCUUUGUUUUCCAAAGUUGCAGCUUCAUCACUGUUUACCAGCUGAACCUCUGAGGUGAGAGUGAGGUUUGUGUGAUGAGUUACAUGUCAUGCUGCUCUCACUUUUCUACUUUAAAGCUCUGCUUAUUAUUAUUAUUAUUAUUAUUAUUAUUAUUAUUAUUACGUGUGAGGUGUGACGUGAUGUGUGACGUGAGGUGAUGUGAGGUUUGACAUGAGGUGAUGUGAGGAGUGACAUGUGAGAUGAUGUCACGUGUGAGGAGUGACUUGUGAGGUGUGACAUGUGAGGUGACGUGAGAUAUGAUGUGUGAUGUGAGGUGUGACGUGUGAGGUGAUGUGAAGAGUGACGUGUGAGGUGUGGCGUGUGAGGUGAUGUGAGGAGUGACAUGAGGUGUGAUGUGUGAGGUGACAUGAGGAGUGACGUGUGAGGUGAUGUGAGAAGUGACGUGAGGUGAUGUGACGAGUGAGGUGUGAUGUGUGAGGUGAUGUGAGGUUAUGAGGAGUGAGGUGUGAGGUGAUGUGAGGUGUGACGUGUGAGGAGUGACGUGAGCUGAUGUGACGUGAGGAGUGACUUGAGGUGUGAGGUAUGACGUGUGAGGUGACGUGAGAUAUGACGUGUGAUGUGAGGUGAUGUGAAGAGUGACGUUUGAGGUGUGACGUGUGAGGUGAUGUUAAGAGUGACGUGUGAGGUGAUGUGAGGUAUGACGUGUGAUGUGAGGUGUUUCGUGUGAGGUGAUGUGAGGUAUGACGUGUGAUGUGAGGUGUGACGUGUGAGGUGAUGUGAGGAGUGACGUGAGGUGACACAUGAGGUGACGUGAGGUGUGACUUGUGAGGUAUGACGUGUGAGGUGACAUGAGGUAUGACGUGUGAUGUGAGGUGUGACGUGUGAGGUGAUGUUAGGAGUGACGUGUGAGGUGUGAUGUGUGAGAUGAUGUGAGGUAUGACAUGAGGUGAUGUGAGGAGUGACGUGAGGAGUGACGUGAGAUGAUGUGAGGAGUGAUGUGAGGAGUGACGUGUGAGGUGAUGUGAGGUAUGAUGUGAGGUGAUGUGAGGAGUGACGUGAGGAGUGACAUGUGAGAUGAUGUGAGGAGUGACGUGAUGUGUGAGGUGAUGUGAGGAGUGACAUGUGAGGUGAUGUGACGAGUGAGGUGUGAGGUGAUGUGAGGUUAUAAGGAGUGAUGUGUGAGGUGUGACGUGAGCUGAUGUGACGUGAGGAGUGACUUGAGGUGUGAGGUAUGACGUGUGAGGUGACGUGAGAUACGAGGUGUGAGGUGAUGUUAAGAGUGACUUGUGAGAUAUGACGUGUGAUGUGAGGUGUUUCGUGUGAGGUGAUGUGAGGUAUGACGUGUGAUGUGAGGUGUGACGUGUGAGGUGAUGUGAGGUAUGACGUGUGAGGUGACAUGAGGUAUGACGUGUGAUGUGAUGUGAGGUGUGAUGUGUGAGGUGUGACGUGUGAGGUGAUGUGAGGUAUGACGUGAGGUGAUAUGAGGAGUGACGUGAGGAGUGACGUGAGAUGAUGUGAGGAGUGAUGUGAGGUGUGACGUGUGAGGUGAUGUGAGGAGUGACAUGUGAGGUGAUGUGACGAGUGAGGUGUGAGGUGAUGUGAGGUUAUAAGGAGUGAUGUGUGAGGUGUGACGUGAGCUGAUGUGACGUGAGGAGUGACUUGAGGUGUGAGGUAUGACGUGUGAGGUGACGUGAGAUAUGAGGUGUGAGGUGAUGUUAAGAGUGACUUGAGAUAUGACGUGUGAUGUGAGGUGUUUCGUGUGAGGUGAUGUGAGGUAUGACGUGUGAUGUGAGGUGUGAUGUGUGACGUGUGAGGUGAUGUGAGGUAUGACGUGAGGUGAUAUGAGGAGUGACGUGAGGAGUGACGUGAGAUGAUGUGAGGAGUGAUGUGAGGUGUGACGUGUGAGGUGAUGUGAGGUAUGAUGUGAGGUGAUGUGAGGAGUGACGUGAGGAGUGACAUGUGAGAUGAUGUGAGGAGUGACGUGAUGUGUGAGGUGACGUGAGGAGUGACAUGUGAGAUGAUGUGAGGAGUGACGUGAUGUGUGAGGUGACGUGAGGAGUGACAUGUGAGAUGAUGUGAGGAGUGACGUGAUGUGUGAGGUGACGUGAGGAGUGACAUGUGAGAUGAUGUGAGGAGUGACGUGAUGUGUGAGGUGACGUGAGGAGUGACGUGAUGUGUGAGGUGACGUGAGGAGUGACAUGUGAGAUGAUGUGAGGAGUGACGUGAUGUGUGAGGUGACGUGAGGAGUGACAUGUGAGAUGAUGUGAGGAGUGACGUGAUGUGUGAGGUGAUGUGAGGAGUGACGUGAGGUGUGACGUGGCUCAUCACAGUUUCUCCUGUGAUUCUGAAUGUGAUUGUUGCAGCACUCGUGUUAAAUAAAGUUAAUUUUCAGCUCCAUGUCUCAGCCUGGACGUGGAUCUCUCCUGAAUUCCUCCUUCUCCUGAACCCCAGAAAUGUCUGGAACGUUAUAAUAUCCCAGUGCAGGUUCUAACCGGAUCAGAACUCCAUCAGGAUUCAGAGUCAUGGGGUUUAUUAGUGUAAAUAUUUCAAUAAAAUGUUUAAUCAACUGAUUUUAGUUCAGACAUCAAAUAAAUCAUCCACGUCUUGGUUCAGGAAACAAAAUUCCUCAAACUUCCUUCAAAAGUGUUAAAUGUUUUGUUUAUUUGGGUAAAUAUUGUUUGGAUUUGUAAAGGUCAAAGGUCAUUUCUGUUUUCUAAUCAGGAGAGUGUAGCAUGUGUAGAGUAUUAGCACAUUAGCUUCGACAGUACUCCUCAGUGAAAACGGUUCGACAGUGCUCCUCAGUGAAAACGGUUCGACAGUGCUCCUCAGUGAAAACGGUUCGACAGUACUCCUCAGUGAAAACGGUUCCUGUAAUAAGGAAGGUAGCCUGAAAUAAGGCUUACUGAAAGUGAAUAAAUGCUUUUUAAUCUUAAGGAUUACUGAAAACAUGUGAAGUUAAUGAGCUAGCAGGCUAUUAGCUUUCAUCACAAUCACGUCAGAACCGCUAAUUACCCAGUUAGCAAGCAGGCUAGCAGCCCACAACCUUCUGCAUGACGUAAAGUGUAAAAGUUAUGGCACUCCGUGUUCUCUGUGACACACACACACACACACACACACACAUACACAUACACAUACACACACACACACACACACACACACACCACCUAAGUUACAGUAAGAAUAAAGUGCAUAGGCGUUUGGGACGCAGCCGUCGAUCCUGUAACCCGAGCAGAGCUGCAGUGUGUUUCGUUAAACGAGAAAGAAAGCGGCUCGGCUCGGUGAAAUGUGACAGCCAGCGGGUUUUCACAGCUGUUCCUGUUUAAAAACUCUCCACACCAGCACUCGGGGAAAAACACACACAAUCAAACCGUGUUGCAGACGGAAAACACACUCGCUUUUGUUGCUUUUGUACACACACUGGAUUUUCCAGAGCGUUAGCCAGAAGAGUCGUUUACGGAAAGAGAAAUGUUUCUGUAUGAAUAUCACUCACACACACACACACUCACAGGAAAAUGAUCAUGACAUGCUGUGUGAGACAGCACCAAUCGCUUAUCACUACGUUUAUACAGACAUGAAUCACACACACACACACAGCAGUGAAACUGAAGCCGUGACGGAUGAACUGGUCUAGUCUGUAGUUUAGAUUAUUUCAGGUUUGAAGGAAUAACACUAAUGCUACAAGCUAAAAAAAAAAAGCUAAACUGCACUACACUACAGAUGAUGAUGUCAUAUCCUGUCUGAUUUCUGCUGGAAGGUUAUCAUAGAAACAGCAGAUUAAUAAAGAUACUGUGAGGAACAAUAUCCUGAUGUCUAACUGGAGGAUUUUCAUCGUUUUCUCUCCAAA